AUGGCUUCCAAGUUCGGCUCAUCCACCGCUGUAAGCAGCUGCCUUUUUCUGGCGCUGCUGCUGGAGACCGUCGGCGCAGCAAGCCUUAGCUACAACGGCCUUGCUCAAACGCCUCAGAUGGGCUGGGACACAUACAAUGCCUAUGCCCUGGCAUAUAACGAGUCCACGAUCCUCACCAACGCCGAGCGGCUGGUGUCCCUCGGUUUCCGUGAUCUGGGCUACCGGGUCGUCAUCUUCGACGACGCCAUGACGGAGCUCAAUCGCAGCGCCAAUGGGACCUUGAUUGCAAACGCCGCCAAAUUCCCUUCGGGCUUACAGAGCAUCGCGAAUCAACUCCACGACUACGGCCUGUACUUUGGCGUAUACAGUAGUGCGGGCAAAUACACCUGUGGAGGAUACCCUGGAAGCCUAGGGUACGAGACUCAAGAUGCGGCAUGGUGGGCAAGCAUGGGUGCAGACUAUCUGAAAUACGACAACUGCUACAAUGAAGGCCUGUCGGGCACGCCGAAGCUGAGCCAAGAUCGGUAUGCCGCCAUGUCGAAUGCUUUGAACAGUACAGGACGGGAUUUCGUGUAUUCGCUGUGUAAUUGGGGAGACGACAAACCUUGGGAGUGGGCGUCCACCAUAGCCAACAGCGCCCGCAUCUCCGGCGACAUCCAGGACAGCUUCUCCAUGCCCACGACGUCGUGCCCAUGUGGCCCCGAUGAAUACUACUGCCAGCUUCCCGGCUAUGGCUGUUCGGUCAUGAAUAUCCUCGGCAAGGCGAGCUCCAUUCGCAGCAAAAACCAAGCGGGAUACUACAACGACCUCGACAUGCUUGAGGUAGGGAACGGCGGCAUGUCCUAUGACGAAUACAAAGUCCACUUCAGCAUGUGGGCCGCCAUCAAGUCUCCGUUGAUCAUGGGGAACAAACUCGACCAGCUUUCCCCCGAAGACUAUGCGAUCCUGACCAACCCGGCUGUGUUGGCCAUAUCGCAGGAUCCCAGCGUCAGUGCCGUUUCCAGGACAGUCACGCAACAGGUCGACGACAAGGACGCGUGGGGAUUCGGAGAGGUUCAAGUGUGGCAAGGAAGCCUGAGCAAUGGCGACCAGGUGGUCGCCUUUCUCAACGCGGGCAACAACUCCCGCACCAUGUCCUACAGCCUUGUCGACGUCUUUGGCGGCCUCCGCACAAACACUAAUGCCCAAAAGAGUUGGGAUCUGUUCGACGUCUGGGGCAACCACACGGUCAUGAGCACCGAGGUGGCAGCCCAGGUGUUGAACGGCACGCUUGCGGUGGGCAACGCCACGGGAUAUUACAAUGCCAGCGAGACAACUUGGGCCACGGGGCUGAACCAGAGCAACCCCCUCUUGAUUGGCACGCCGGCUGGGACCGUCCAAGGGGGAGGGACGUUGCAGGCGGAGGUGCCGAGACAUGGGAUUCAGAUGUGGCGGCUGAGACAGGCUGGAGGAUCGGGCAAGAAGCGGGACGAGCUGUAA